CUAGCUGGGCCAACAUUGCGCUGGGUAACAUGGCCGAAGUGGUGUGCAGGGGAAAGAGCCCAUCAUACUCAUGGGCUAGAAUUCCGAAGAAACCCAAAUGAUUCGAUGCAGAGAGGGCAUGCACGGGCAUAAUGGGAUGUCUAUUUAUAUCUCAGCUGGUUGCCCGUUCUCUUGACUCGCUCUUCUCUGGACUCAAAGCAGUCAUCACGCGCUAGUGUCUCCUUCACCUUGAACCGCCGGCUAUUUCUCCACCAUGAAGUACUCCGUUGCUGCAUUUGUGGCCGCCAUGGCCGGCAGCGCCCUUGGCAGCCCGGCGCCGGCCGUGACUCCUGCACCGCGCGCUGCGGCCACGACAUGCUCCGAGUACGCGACCACGACGUCGUAUACGGCCCAUGCCUGCCCACUGUAUUGCGUUGAGCCGGGCAGCCCGCUGUGCCCGAAGAUCUACUGCCCAGCGAUCGCAAUUUCCUGCGCUCCCGGCUCGACCCUCACUGCCGCUCCAGCGCCGGCCCCGACCACAAUCAUCGGCACUGUCACCGAGGGUUGCACCGUCACCGUUGAGGCUGAGCGCGGCUGUGCCAUCUGCGGCUGCCUUGGCUGCCCGACUUGUUUGCCCGUGAAGCCUUGAGCGGGGAACAGCGGGGAGGCUGGUGUUGUUGGGAGUGUGCCAAAAGAAAGGAAAGGCGAAUUGCCGGACGCGUGGUUCAACGAUUCAAUACGCUCAUUUACUUGAUAUUCAUAUCCCAGAAUCCGCGCGGGGCCCAUUUUUAGGAUCCCGCUUACUUCGUGCCAUAACCCAAUCAACAAGAACCUGUGCACAUAAAACACGCAGUCGACGCACUGCCCGUCGACAACUCCGGCUCCGGAUCUUAAUGACCAGACACUCCCGUUGUAAGAACGAUUGCUAAUGGAGUAUCAAGACUCUGGACACCCUACCCACGGCGCUAGACUAUAGGGUGGUGCCAUCACACCCAC